UUAUAUCAAUGUUCUGUUGUGACAUUCCGAAUUUCAUCUGUCAUGGACAUUUCACAAUAAACAACUAGUACAAAGUAGCGUGAACCUACAAAUUGGCUAUUCUUCGUUUGAAGUUGAAUUACUUUUACUUUUAGAAAGUGUUACACAAAACAUUAUUACAAAAUAUUAUGAAAUUCGCUUCAGAGACAAACACUGUGGAAGUUACAAAAAUGUUUAUGGUUGAUUUUAAAUGAAGAGCAACCGACUAGAUAUUUCACGGGUAAAAUGAUCAACGGCGGUGUACUGAGAGAGGAGGAUUAACACAGGACUUACUCUGAAGUGGUAUAAACGAGAUAUAAACGAAGACUCCGGAUAAUCCCACCGGGAUCGGAAGUAAAGCACAGUCGCCAUUUUCUCGGUGAGGACAGACAGACCAGCAUCGCUCAAUGGGACGGCAGGCCUUGGACAGACUGACGGUCACAAAACAGCUGAUGCUACAUUCAUGCGCCACCGUUCCUUCGUGACACGUCUCUCUCAUACCACCGCCCAACCGUGUGCUGAAGGACCUUUAAAACAAAUACGUCUUAUUUCCACCGCAACGAAACACUUGGACUUGUAUACAUUUUAUCAACAGUAAGGUAAAGUAAUCUUUUUCAACAAACGAGUAACACUGUUUAUUUUGUCUAGUUAAUGUCUCACAUGUUUCUGUCAUGCGAUGAAAUGAUAUAAAACAGACUUCCAUAAGGAUAGUGUGCCGUCGGUAUAACAGUAUCGUAUACAGGCACUGCUAUACAGCUGAAAAGCUAGAAAAAAAAGUGAAAACAUCAAAUUAUGUAAUACAGUGCAGGAGAGGCCGUCAGUUUAAGGUCCCUCGUCGCGAAAAAAGACUGAAGUCUUGUCAUAUUUUAUUGACGGAAAAGGCGGGCAACUAAAGCAACAAAGACAUUCUUACAGUGUGAAUAAUUGUUUUAUUUUUGUCUUCCUUGAACAACUACAAAAUACAAGUCCCCAGGACAAAUUUUUACUUUGAAAAGAAAUAAUAACAAUGCAGUAAAGCCUAUUUACUUUUUCCUCUUCUGCCCACGCUUGGUUAAGGAGACUGUAAAUGAAAAGGUGUCGGACGUUAUCUAAAUUCCCAGGUCACUACGUAGGGCAGCCUGUUAAGGGGAAGAACGUGCAUAUUCAUAGAACGUUGUGAAAGCCUGCAGUACAUGGAUUGAAGUUAGUUAAAUGUACAUGUUGGAUCGAUAGGUGAUCUGUGAAAAAGGGAUUUACUAGCAUUUGAGCACCAUCUUACAGACCCUCCGAAUAUCAUCAUGAGGUGGUUAUUUAUAAUCAGUGUUGUGGCGUCCAUGUUAUACCCAGGACAACCGGCAAGCUUUACUUACGACGGAAUUGGAUAUCUUAGUGAUGGUGAAUCUGUUGAAUGGAUUGGAAUCAGGCCUCAUAAGCCGAAAUGUAUUGAUAUACCUAAUAAUCUAACUCUGUGCCGGGGGAUAGGAUAUACGGAAAUGAGACUGCCGAAUCUCCUGGAUCAUGAUACCCUUAAUGAGGUGAUUCAGCAGUCCAAAUCCUGGGUGUCCCUCCCGCGGAUACAUUGUCACCCGGAUACCCAACUUUUUCUCUGCUCCCUCUUCUCGCCGGUCUGUCUGGAACGAACCAUCAAGCCAUGUAGGUCACUCUGUGAAAGUGUCAAGGCUGGCUGUGAAUCUAAGAUGCUUUAUUACGGCUAUUUGUGGCCGGACAUGGUCAGAUGUGACAAGUUUCCGGAUGAUUCGGACCUUUGCAUACAAAACCAGCACAAUGCCACAACAACACAGAACGUGUGUGAUGCCUGUAACCAGCCCCCUACGUUAGAGGGCAUCGUGGACAAUCACUGUAGAGCUCAGUUUGUUGCAAAAGUCAAAGUGCGAAAGAUUAAAUCGAAAAGACAGUCAAAAAUACUGAUUCUAAAGAAGAAAAAGAAAUUCUAUAAACAUGGCACUUUGACCAAACGCGAGAAGAGGAAGCUGAGCUUGGUGAUUGAAAACGGAAAACAAUGUGAAUGUGCCACAGUCAAUACAAGCAGAAGUGAUUCCUACAUCAUAAUGGGGAACAAGACAGAAUCCGGAGUGUUUACUGUGUCUUAUAUCAGUCCCUGGAGGAAGGACAGGGAGUUCAAGCGAGCGCUCCGGAAAAUAAAAGGUGAUUUUGAUUGCAGUAAAAUAAUAGAAAUUAUUGAACAGCCAGGGGGAAAUAACCCUCCCCCUCCACCAAAAGUAGGCGGUGGUAGAGGUGGUAAUAGAAGGGGUAAUAGGAACCGCCCUAAAAAGAAUAGGAAGAAAAAUAGGAGGAAAAAUCGUCGACGGAAGGAAAAUAGAGGAAAGGGGCGUGGUCGUAAAAGGCAAAAUACUUCUCAGACUACCGAAACCAACAUGAGUGGUUGACGUCAUAUGCAUGUGGUCAAACGGGCAUGACGUGUGACUAAACGUGAGGUGUCUUUCAAGCCAAGAGUUGGUGCGCAAAAUACUGCAUGGAAAUUUGGAAAAUAUUGUCGAAACUUGUUAUUGAUACAGUUUUUUUUUCAAAUGGACUACAUAUGUUGUUUAAAAAUGAAAUCUGUGAUAGUGGAUCUACGCGUGUUUGAAUUCCAAGAUAUAAACGUUUAAUGUGAGAUGUGUCUUUUAUAAUAAUAGACUAUAAAUGUAUUGCAGGCAAAACUACCUGUCAAGCUGGAAGUAUGAGGACCGAGUUUCUUGGGUAAGGACCAACAGGCUAGUGUUACACUUUGAAUUCUUGUACAAGAAAGGUCUGAUGGCGUCCUAUAUUAUAUAUAAUGUCAAUGAUCGGCAUGGAUUUGCCAGUUUGAUCCUAAUGCAGAAGACAUGAAAUAGGAUUAAAAUGUGUAAAUCCACCAAUCCAUGACCAUUGGCGUCAAUCUACAUACACGUUGCUGCUAAUUCCUUGUAAGCGGCACGUUGCUUGGGUCACGUGUAUCUUACACGAUAUUUGGAUGUUUACACGUGAAUGACUCUUUCUUGGCAAAUAGAACUCAGAGUGUACAAAAGACUCGAGCCGACUAGGAGGUGACCCCUUACACAGUUGUUUAUCGAUUUCAAAACCUUAUGAUGAUGCCUUUGUCCUUUAUUUUCAUUUUUAUUUUUUAUUUGUCUUGUAGAAUUAAUCAUGAUAAUUCAAUGUUUUUGCUUUUAAUUGUUUUGCACAUGCAGCACUGUUUUGUACAAAGCACCAAGCACAGAGCUCACUGACGUGUGUAACUGUCCUGUGCAGAACAUAUCAUAGCCGGCGGGGGGACGCGGUCGGCAGAGCACAUACUACAGCCGAUGGGGGGCACACGGUUGUCAGAACACAUAUCACAGCCGGAGGGGGGCACACGGUGGGCAGAAAUAUAUCACAGCCGCCGGGCACGCAGUUGGCAGAACAUAAGUAUUGUAUUAAGUACGACCUAAAGUAAAUCGAUCGAUAUCAAUUGAAAUAUAGACCGAUGUGUUUUCAAAUGGUGGCAAUGAUGUCAAAAAGGCAGGAGGGCCAGGCAUUAAGAUCUUAUCAUCACAUCAUUGUUUAUGAGGAAUAUAUCAUUUUUGCCGAAUAACAAUAGUAUGUAGAAGUGCUUCAUGUCUUUAUGAUGAUUUAUAAUUGUUUAACUGGUUCGCACAAAAAAAUGUCUUCGACUUCUGCUGCAAUGACGGGUUUGUAAUGUGUGUUGGUAAUUCUCUAGAGUACGUUAUGACGUGACAUGUUUCAUAUCGGGAAAAAUUGGGUAUAGUAACAAAAACAUAAUAGGUAUAUUUCCAAGCGUUAUGGAUAAUAUACUAGUUUUAAUGCAACUGUUACUAAGAAUGAUCAAUUACCAAAUGGAAAGAAACAAUGCUAUUGGAAUCAAUUUUAAAAUGAAUUGUUCUUAAAAAAGAGGAAAUUAUUCUUUCUAUUAAUCUAUAUUCAAAAAUAAAAUGUAUUCUAUCAAAUUUGUUUACUAUAAUCUUAAUUUUCAUUUUACUGAAGGUUUUCAAAUCUAUUACAUCUACAAAAUAUAUGUACAAUAGUACUAAAAACCAGUCUCAUCCACAAUCAAUACGUUAAAUAUGAAAUGCAAUGAUCAGUUGGCCAAACACUUAACCUGAUUGGCGUGUCAUUUACAUAAUGUAUCUAUUGUGUUUGUCCCGUGUUAAGUAUAUAUAACACCUUGUCUGUGACCCUUUCCCUACACAUUUUCCUUCACCAUGCCCACACAUUGAAGCCCAAGACAACCUAGACCCUCUGCAUCAUGCCCUUACUUCCUGCACCUAAAGCGACAAACGUUCCCUGCACAGUAUCAUUGUAUAGACAAUUGUCAAACACGGCUUUCCCGCACGAUACCAGUUAUAUUAAAAUUAACACUGAAAAUGAAAUGUACAAAGUACUUCUACCUGUGUGUGGGUAGAUAGUUAACUGUGUCGUCGAUAUCAGUUAAGGAACUGUAGCAAAUGACAUAAUGAACGAUUCCAUGGUUCUGUAGAUAGUAUAAAAUUCACUACAAUAGACAUUGAAGCUAACAAUGCUUAUAAGUUGUCUGUUAUACAUAUGUAAAUUGUUAGAAUGAAAACAAACUUUAUUAAUUCUAGGUCAUAUUGUGAUGCAAAUAUUUAAUAUAUUUACAGAACAUUGUCAAACGAACGUUAAUGUAUAUAUUCACUGUAUAACAAAGAAAAAUACAUGUUAUCAAUGUGGAGGUUAUUGUUGGGCAUCCAUACCACUGAUGUCUGAAGGCGCGACACUUCACCGGUAUAUUUGACAUGUUUUUAUUUGUAUCUAGAUUAAGCAUUAGUAAUUUAUACAAAGUUAACAAGAUGAACAAAAUAACUUAUCCUACAGAGAAAGUGAAAUUGUAGAGUAAUUUCUGGUUCAAUCUAUUUCUAACUUUGAACAUGAUAUCCUCGCACCUUUUCGAAUUAUUCUGUGUUUUAUUUGUUUUUGUGAAUUUUCGAAUAACGUCAUUUUCGAAAAAUUUUAUUGGAUGAUACUGUUUACCAAUAAAGAAAAUAUUGUCUUAAUUGGUAGGUAGCUACUUAUUCUACCAUGUUUAACAUUAGUUUUAUUCAGAAAAUGCAAUGGAAACAACAUCUUUUAUACUUUCUGUAUAAUUAAUUAUACAUAUUGUAUUAGAGACGUAUACAGAAUAUUUGUUUCCACAAAUUUAAGCAAGAUGUCAUAUAUUGAAUUCAUUAUGCUAAUUUACCAUUUUAAACACGAGGAGGGUUUUGUGUAACAGACAUGUCUACAGUAAAAUGUAAACGAUAAAAUCCCAAAUGAUACGCUGAGACAUAUUCAUGGAGCAGCAUACACCUGCUGUGUACAUACCUGAAUAAGUUACACGCAUUACUCGAUAGUUUCUCUUUGCUACCUGUCACGUUAAAAGUCAUACCCAUAUGGAGGUAAAAGUCAUACCCAUAUGGAGGUAACAGUCAUUACCAUAUGGAUGUGAAACUCUUUGUUUUUACCAGUCUUUUUAUUGAACAGUCACGUAACGUUUUCUGUACAGAUACAUUCGUUGUGACUUUAUUAUUUGUCGCAAUUGUGUCCCUAUCUCGAACAGGAAAUAUAUGGUUUGCCGCAUACGUUUUGGACUUUAUGGUUCACAAAGCUCACCAAUUUCGAAGUGAUAGAAUGUCAUGUUUAUCUUAAUUCAGUGCAUUAUUUGUUUAUUCUUCAAUCUUAUAUUUUAAAAAAUCCGUUUAUCACCUAUCAUACUGUAUAACCUCGACCCUAAGUCGAAAAACUUCCCUUUUCCUCGGUUAAGCUCGGUUAACCUCGAGUCUAAGUCGGAAAGCUUCGUGUUCUCCUCAGGUUACCUCGGAUAAGCUUGAGACUAAGUCGGAAAGCUCCGCGUUAUCCACAUUUAACCUUGGGUAACAUCGACUAAGUCGGAAAGCAUCGCGUUCUCCUCGUGGUUCACCUCAUGAUCAGUUAACCUUGUGUCAAAUGCAGAAAGUUUCGCGUUCUCCUCGGUUAAUCUCGUGUCAAAUGCAGAAAGCUUCGCAUUCUCAUCGGUUAAUCUCGUGUCAAACGCGGAAAGCUUCGCGUUCUCCUCGGUAAACCUGGGAUAACCUCGAGUCCAAAUCGGAAAGCUUCGCGUUCUCCUCGGUAAACCUCGGAUAACCUCGAUUCUAAGUCGGAAAGCUUCGCGUUCCCCUCGGUUAACCUCGUGUUGAAUGCGGAAAGCUUCACGUUCUCCUUAGUAAACCUCGGAUAACCUCGAGUCUAAAUCGGAAAGCUUCGUAUUCUCCUCUUUAAAUCUCGGGUAACCUCGAGUCUAAGUCGGAAAGCUUCGCGUUCUCCAUGGUUGACCUCGGGUAACCUCGAGUCUAAGUCGGAAAGCUUCGCGUUCCCCUCGGUAAACCUCGUGUCGAAUGCGGAAAGCUUCACUUUCUCCUUAGUAAACCUCGGAUAACCUCGAGUCUAAAUCGGAAAGCUUCGUAUUCUCCUCUUUAAAUCUCGGGUAACCUCGAGUCUAAGUCGGACAGCCUUGCGUUCUCCAUGGUUGACCUCGGGUAACCUCGAGUCUAAGUCGGAUGGCUUCGCGUUAUCCACGGUUAACCUCGGGUAAGCUCGAGUCUAAGUCGGAAAGCUUCGCGUUCUCCUCUUUAAACCUCAGAUAACCUCGAUUCUAAGUCGGAAAGCUUCGCGUUCCCCUCGGUUAACCUCGUGUCGAAUGCGGAAAGCUUCACGUUCUCCUUAGUAAACCUCGGAUAACCUCGAGUCUAAAUCGGAAAGCUUCGUAUUCUCCUCUUUAAAUCUCGGGUAACCUCGAGUCUAAGUCGGAAAGCUUUGCGUUCUCCAUGGUUGACUUCGGGUAACCUCGAGUCUAAGUCGGAAAGCUUCGCGUUAUCCACGGUUAACCUCGGGUAAGCUCGAGUCUAAGUCGGAAAACUUCCCUUUUCCUCGGUUAAGCUCGGUUAACCUCGAGUCUAAGUCGGAAAGCUUCGUGUUCUCCUCAGGUUACCUCGGAUAAGCUUGAGACUAAGUCGGAAAGCUCCGCGUUAUCCACAUUUAACCUUGGGUAACAUCGACUAAGUCGGAAAGCAUCGCGUUCUCCUCGUGGUUCACCUCAUGAUCAGUUAACCUUGUGUCAAAUGCAGAAAGUUUCGCGUUCUCCUCGGUUAAUCUCGUGUCAAAUGCAGAAAGCUUCGCAUUCUCAUCGGUUAAUCUCGUGUCAAACGCGGAAAGCUUCGCGUUCUCCUCGGUAAACCUGGGAUAACCUCGAGUCCAAAUCGGAAAGCUUCGCGUUCUCCUCGGUAAACCUCGGAUAACCUCGAUUCUAAGUCGGAAAGCUUCGCGUUCCCCUCGGUUAACCUCGUGUUGAAUGCGGAAAGCUUCACGUUCUCCUUAGUAAACCUCGGAUAACCUCGAGUCUAAAUCGGAAAGCUUCGUAUUCUCCUCUUUAAAUCUCGGGUAACCUCGAGUCUAAGUCGGAAAGCUUCGCGUUCUCCAUGGUUGACCUCGGGUAACCUCGAGUCUAAGUCGGAAAGCUUCGCGUUCCCCUCGGUAAACCUCGUGUCGAAUGCGGAAAGCUUCACUUUCUCCUUAGUAAACCUCGGAUAACCUCGAGUCUAAAUCGGAAAGCUUCGUAUUCUCCUCUUUAAAUCUCGGGUAACCUCGAGUCUAAGUCGGACAGCCUUGCGUUCUCCAUGGUUGACCUCGGGUAACCUCGAGUCUAAGUCGGAUGGCUUCGCGUUAUCCACGGUUAACCUCGGGUAAGCUCGAGUCUAAGUCGGAAAGCUUCGCGUUCUCCUCUUUAAACCUCAGAUAACCUCGAUUCUAAGUCGGAAAGCUUCGCGUUCCCCUCGGUUAACCUCGUGUCGAAUGCGGAAAGCUUCACGUUCUCCUUAGUAAACCUCGGAUAACCUCGAGUCUAAAUCGGAAAGCUUCGUAUUCUCCUCUUUAAAUCUCGGGUAACCUCGAGUCUAAGUCGGAAAGCUUUGCGUUCUCCAUGGUUGACUUCGGGUAACCUCGAGUCUAAGUCGGAAAGCUUCGCGUUAUCCACGGUUAACCUCGGGUAAGCUCGAGUCUAAGUCGGAAAACUUCGCGUUCUUCUUGGUAAACCUCUAGUAACCUAGAGUCUAAGUCGGAAAACUUCGCGUUUGCCAAGGUUAACCUCGGGUUAUAUAUAACCUCGAGUUUAAGUCUGAAAACUUCGCGUUCUCCUUGGCAAAUCUCGUAUCAUACUUGGUUAAUCUCUUCUUUUUUUGUUUUUUUUACUUGCCUUGAGUCAGAUAAACGUGAUACUCAACUAUCACUUUUGGAGAAAUGUCUUCAGCAAUGAACGCACUAUGGCAGAAAAACCAUAUAAUACUAUGGGAAAUCAGCUGGAACUUAGAUCUUAUAUCUCUGUAUGAUGUUGUACUGGUAAUACCACGACUGGGAAUCCCCUUACACCAUAGAUCACAUACUAAAUGUAAAUGUCUUUAUCAGAUUUGUUAUAUUGUUUCAUUAUGUUUCAUUUAUUGUCAAUAAUCAACAUUAUUUCAAAUGCAAAUAAACCUAUUUAUGAAGUCGUA